AUGAUUAAGGAGACCUCUAAGAGCAUGAAAGCAAUUCACCAACAUCUUUUGGAAGCUCAAGAGAGAAUGACCGAACAAGUUAAAGUGAUUCGCCAAAGAUUGUUGACCGUGCAAAGUAGACAGAAGAACUAUGCCGAUCGUCGUCGCCAACUGUUAUCGUUUGUAGAGGGGGAUCAUGUAUUUCUUAAGGUAUCAUUGCGUCGGGGUUUGUCUCGUUUUGAAAAAAAGGGAAAGCUUUCACCGCAUUAUAUCAGGCCGUUUGACAUCAUCGAGAAGAUUGGAGAAGUGGCGUAUCGUUUGGCUUUGCCACCGAAACUUUCGGGAGUGCAUGAUGUGUUCCACGUGUUGAUGUUGAGGAAAUAUGAACCGAAUCCGUCUCAUGUCCUAGAGUGGUUCGAACUAGAGUUGGAAGCAGAUGCAUCUCAUGGGGAGGAACUGAUACGUAUCCUAGAUUCUCGCAAUCAAGUGUUGAGGUACCUCUCAGAGACAUUGACAUGGAAUGCUUGA